ACACAAGACAAGAAAAGAAAAGAUAUAGAUAGAGAAUACCACACCCACACAAACCUCAAUUUGGACACAUAGUUUUGCACCUCUUCAUCCACCCACCCCCUUUUCCCCUCUCUCUUUUCUUUUUGCCCUAUUCAAUAGGGUUUUCAUAUGAUCUCUUGCUAGCCUUUAUUUUCUGAUGCAAUCAGUUGUUCAAGCUCUAUUGAUUGUCUUUCUUUUGGUUCAUCUCUCAAUUUUUGCUCUCUAUAGAGGGUUUUUUGGGCUUGAACAGUGCAGAUUCUACCUCCCUAGUGUUUUUCAAUGUCUAAAAUCUUCAAUUUUAGUGGUGAUGAUGCUUUUUACCAUGGCGGGGCUGCUGUAUAUCCCAGUCCCAAGGAAUCCAGCCUAUUUCUGUCCCUUGGGCAUCAUGUGGAUGUCUAUUUUCCCACUUGCAAGAGGUCUCGCGUCACUGCCCCCUUCAUUUUCACUGAAAAGAAGAAGUUGCCUUCCAUCGAUGUCCUACCUGAUGAAUGCCUUUUUGAGGUGUUAAGGCGUCUUUCUGAUGGCAAAGAGAGGAGUGCCUGUGCUUGUGUUUCCAAGUGCUGGCUUAUGCUUUUAAGCAGCAUCCGCGGGGAUGAAACAGUCAUCUCAGAUCCCAUUCCAUCUUUGGAGACUGAGGAAAGAUCUAUUCAAAGCACCCCUGUUAAGCCCGUGGACUGUAUUAAGAAGGGUGAGGUUGUAGAAGUCGCUGACACUGAAGCUCAAGAUAUUGAAGGAGGAGGUCAUCUUUCCAGGUGCCUUGAUGGAAAGAAAGCAACAGAUGUCAGACUUGCUGCUAUUGCUGUUGGAACUGCAAGCCAUGGAGGGUUAGGGAAGCUUGCUAUUCGAGGAAGCAACCGAAGCCGUGGUGUGACUGAUACCGGGCUCAAGGCUAUUGCUCGUGGUUGCCCUUCUCUCAGGGCUCUUUCUCUGUGGAACGUGUCUUCUGUUAGUGAUGAAGGUUUAUCUGAGAUUGCUGAGGGAUGUCAUCUGUUAGAGAAGCUUGAUCUUUGCCAAUGUCCUGCAAUUACUGAUAAGUCUUUGUUGGCUAUUGCAAAGAAUUGUCCUAGUCUGACCUCUCUAACGAUAGAAUCUUGUUCAAAUAUUGGGAAUGAAAGUCUUCAAGCUGUAGGUCGUUUUUGCCCUAAAUUGAAGUUUGUGUCUCUCAGAAACUGCCCACUCAUCGGCGAUCGAGGAAUUGCAAGUCUCUUUUCAUCAGCCGGUCAUGUUUUGGAAAAGGUGAAGCUUCACGCACUGAACAUUAGUGACAUCUCCCUUGCUGUUAUCGGACAUUAUGGCAUUGCAGUGACUGACAUAGCUCUUAUUGGUCUUCAAAACAUAAAUGAAAGAGGAUUCUGGGUCAUGGGCAAUGGCCAAGGUUUGCAGAAGCUGAGGUCCCUUGCAAUAGCUGCUUGCCAAGGAGUUACUGAUUUGGGGUUUGAAGCUCUUGGUAAAGGUUGUCCAAACUUGAAGCUGUUUUGCCUCCGAAAAUGUACGGUGCUGUCAGAUAAUGGAUUGGUUGCUUUUGCCAAAGGUUCAGGCGCACUGGAGAACCUCCAAUUAGAAGAAUGCCACAGGAUCACCCAGGCUGGGCUUUUUGGUGUUCUUUUGAACUGUGGUGAGAAGUUGAAGGCUCUAUCCCUGGUGAACUGCUUUGGUGUUAAAGACUUAGCAUGUCGGUUUCCGUCGGUGCUGCCUUGCAACUCACUGCAGUCUUUGGCUAUUCGCAACUGUCCUGGAGUUGGUAAUGCUACCCUGGCCAUAGUGGGUAGGCUGUGCACGAAAUUGACUCAUCUGGAGCUGAGUGGCCUUCUUGGAGUAACUGAUGAGGGUCUUUUCCCUCUUGUGCAGAGCUGUGAAGCUGGUUUGGUCAAGGCGAAUCUAAGCGGAUGUGUUAAUGUUACUGACAAAUCAGUUUCAGCAAUAAUUGAGUUGCAUGGGGGAAGUCUUGAGUUUCUGAAUGUUGAUGGUUGUAAAAAUGUUACUGAUGCAACUUUGUUAGCAGUCACCAACAACUGCUGGUUGCUCAGUGAACUUGAUGUUUCAAAGUGCGGAAUCACUGAUUCAGGGAUUGUAUCUUUGGCCGGUGCUGUGCAGCAUAAUUUGCAUAUCCUCUCACUGUCGGGUUGCUCUCUUGUUUCAGACAAAAGUGUACCAUUCCUGCUGAAGUUGGGCCAGACACUUGUGGGCUUAAACAUCCAGCAUUGCAAUGGGGUCAGUAGCAGCAGUGUUGAUCUGCUCUUAGAACAACUCUGGAGGUGUGAUAUCCUCUCUUAAGAAUCAGUGCAGCUUACAAGUUGAUGGCCUUUGAAGAUGGGGUGUAGAAAGGAAGUUUAACUAGUCUUUUCUUUGCUAGCGUUAGCAUAAAGUUUUUUGGUCCACGAUCUUGGGUCUUCUAAUGGUCCAGUACCUCGGCUGCUUUUUCCAGGGUAUGUGGCUGGUCCUCUUUUUUGCAGCUGAAGCUGUUUUUGGGAAUUUUUUUCCUGUUCUUCCAGCCAUACAUCCCUGAGAAUACAGAUGCUGGGUUUUGGAUUUAGAGAUUCACGUCUGGUCCUAGUCCUUGCCACUACUUUUUAGCUUCUAGCCUUGCAUUGAUUUCCAGAUCUUGCAACGGUAGAAGCUUUUCCAAGUUGUCCUAGUCUUUUAUGUGUGUGCACUUCUAGUUUUACCGAGUCUUACACGUUCUUGAACCUUCGUGUUCAGCUCGUGAUGGUUGGGUUUGAGAUUGUGUCUUGUACUUCUGGUUGCUUUUGGGUAGUUCUAGGUUUUAAGUGCCUCGCUUUCAUGGGCUUUGGCCAUGGCAGUAAGUUUCUUUUCUGCCAUGACAACCCUCGGGUUGUUUUUUCUUUUCACCAAGCCUUAGUUUUGCAGGCCUCUCUUGUUCAUGAACUUGCCAUGCAACCUCCUGUUACUUAUGGAAAUGUUAGUUUGUAUUUAUGCUUUUUAUGAAAUAAAAAGAAAAAAAAGUUAGGUUGUG